AACAAAGGUGAAGUAGCAACAAGAAGUAAAUUACUUUUUUCCUAAAAAAAGCUUAAGUACGUGGAUCUUAAAAUAUUUCACCAGUUCAAUGAAAAAUUAAAAUAAAAACGCAUCAAAAAUAAAGUCAGCCAAGUUAAUAAGUUUACAUAUAUAAAUUUUAGCUUUCUCAGAAGCAGCCAAGUGGAAAAUAUCAACGACCGAAAAAGAACACUAAAAAAUCUAUUUUAAGAUCAUAAUACAAAAGAAAUACCAUAAACGAACAAAAUGAGUCUUGUCUGGACUUUGAUAGCUGGUUUUCUGUAUGCCGAAAUAGCUUUAGUGUUAUUAUUGGUUUUACCUGUGGCCAGUCCAUACAAAUGGAAUCGUUUUUUCAAAUCAAAGUUUUUGGCCAUGUUAGCCCAACAGGCUCAUCUAUACUUUUUCCUUAUUAUGGGUGUGUUAGUGCUAUUCCUUUUGGAUGCCAUACGUGAGAUGCGUAAAUAUUCCCAUCACGACCAUUCAUCAGACGUCCACUUGAACGUUGAAAUGCAACACAGCAUGCGCCUAUUCCGGGCACAGCGUAACUUCUAUAUAUCUGGCUUUUCCAUCUUCUUAGUUUUGGUCAUUCGUCGUCUAGUAACAUUAAUCUCAGCACAAGCUAAUCUUUUGGCACAGAGUGAAGCCUCUUUGAAACAAGCUCAAUCGGCUUCUGCUGCUGUAAAAUCGUUGAUGGCCGAGAAAACCACAGAGAAAGCCAAAGAAGCAACUGAAGACAGUACUUUGGGCGAGAUUUCACAAUUGAAAGAACGCAUCCAUGAACUAACCUCUGAGCUUAAUCGUGAAAAGAAGGAUAAAGAAGCCAUGAAAUCUCAAUCUGAAAGUUUGAAUAAGGAAUAUGAUCGCCUCACUGAAGAGUACAGCAAAUUGCAAAAGAAAAUUACCAUAAGUGGCGAAUCAAAAGAUGAUUAAAUUUCAGUGAAAUGUUUACUUACAAAAAAAAUAAUAAAUAUAUAUAAAUAUAUAUAUUGUGUAUUAAAGAACAUAUAAGAAAAAAACCAUAAAAAAUAUAUUUUAAAUACAUAUGUGGCUUUAAUCAAUUAUUGCCUCUGGCAAUGCAAAAUCAAAGAUGUACUAAAUUCUAAAUUACUAUUCUCAUUAAUAAUUAUCUUCAUGAAAUGAAUUUUAUUUUUUGCCUUUUGAAGUUGGGUGUUAUUGUUUUCAUAAUUUCUUUAAUAUUUAUAACUACAUUUAGAAAUUACUCUUUUUUAUAAUUACGAAAUUAAAAUAAAGGAAAUAUACAUAUUAACUAAAUAUAAA